CACACACACACACACGUGUGUGCACACGUGCGGGGUAAAAGACAGUUCGCGAGGCUUCUCUGUUCAGUUCCCAGUUCUCUCGCGCUCGCAGUGCAGGACCCCGUCUCGAAGCGGUCGUACAAAAGAGAUCGAAUUUCUUUAGAGUUCGAGGGGAAAGAUGAUGCAGGCAGGUCGCGUGUUGCGGGUACUGCCCCGCCCUCUCCGAGUCGCACCGGCCCUCCAGUGCAACAGAGGCUAUGCCAAGGAUCUGAAAUUCGGAGCCGAUGCUCGCGUGGCAAUGUUGCAAGGAGUCGAUAUUUUGGCGGAUGCAGUAGCAGUCACUAUGGGGCCCAAGGGAAGGAAUGUAAUGAUUGAGAAAUCAUGGGGAAGCCCCAAGAUAACGAAGGACGGAGUGACGGUUGCCAAGGCAGUGGAAUUGGAGGACAAGAACCACAACAUUGGAGCUCGCCUCGUCCAGGACGUGGCUAGCAACACCAACGAGCAGGCUGGAGACGGUACCACUGCUGCCACUGUUCUUGCCAGGACCAUAGCUAGGGAGGGGUUUGAAGCGGUGUCGAAAGGUGCCAACCCUCACGAGGUGAGGAGAGGUGUAAUGGCUGCCGUGGAGGUGGUCGUCGGGGAGCUAAGGCAGCUGGCUAAACCAGUCACCACACCAGAGGAGAUUGCUCAGGUGGCGACAAUCUCAGCCAAUGGAGACAGAGAGAUUGGCUCCCUCAUCUCAUCGGCCAUGAAGACUGUUGGGAAGAACGGAGUCAUCACUGUCAAAGACGGCAAGACGCUGCACGACGAACUGGAGACGAUUGAGGGUUCAAAGUUCGACCGAGGGUUCAUUUCUCCGUACUUCAUCAACACUAACAAAGGGAGUCGUGUUGAAUUUGAGGACGCAUUAGUCUUGUUUUCCGAAAAGAAGAUUUCGAGCAUCCAGCAAGUGUUGCCCGCUCUGGAGCUGGCCAAUGCUCAGAGGAAGCCCCUACUAAUUAUCGCAGAGGACAUCGACGGAGAAGCUCUCACUACACUUGUUAUCAACAGGCCAGUCCAGUUCCCAGUCCAGUUCCCAGAACCAGUUGAAGAAAUCUCGAAUAUUUGUGCUUUUAGGACACCUGAGCAUUAGGUCAUGAGGACACUAGGGCAUAUUUGUGUUUUAGGACACCUAAAUUUUUAGGACGUGGUUUUCAGGACACGUGUCACUGUGCUAAUCUGCGUCUAUUGCCAUAGGUUAAAGGUUGGUUUACAGGUGUGUGCGGUAAAGGCCCCAGGGUUUGGAGAUAACCGUAAGAACCAGCUGCACGACAUGGCCAUCGCGACCGGCGGAACAGUCUUCGGAGACGAGGCUCUCGAACUCAAGCUGGAGGACGUAACCGUUAGCAACCUGGGAAAGGUCGGAGAGGUCGUGGUAACGAAAGACGACACACUGCUCAUGAAAGGGAAGGGAGACGAAGGAGCCAUAGCCGCGAGGGUGGAGCAGAUCAAAGCAGAGGUCGAAGAAACAAACUCUGAUUACGAGAGAGAGAAACUGGAGGAACGGCUGGCGAAACUCUCUGACGGCGUGGCUGUGCUAAAGAUCGGAGGGUCCAGUGACGUUGAAGUAAACGAGAAGAAAGACAGGGUCAACGACGCCCUGAAUGCUACCAGGGCUGCCGUCGAAGAAGGCAUCGUACCAGGAGGAGGUGUGGCACUCAUCCGGUGUAUCCCUAGUUUGGAUACGCUGGAGCCAGACUCUGCAGACGAGAGGAAGGGGGUGGGGAUUGUUCGGAAGGCGUUGACGACGCCGUGUGCCACUAUUGCUAAGAACGCAGGGGUGGACCCCUCAAUUGUGGUGCAGAAAGUGAUGACGUCAUCCAGUGCCAAUGAAGGGUACGAUGCUCUUCAUGACUGCUAUGUGGACAUGAUCGAAGAAGGAAUCAUUGACCCUGCCAAAGUGGUUCGUUCUGCCCUACAAGAUGCAGCUGGAGUCGCGUCGCUACUGACGACGUCGGAGGUGACAAUCACAGAGAUACCAAAGAAAGAGGAGCCAAUGCCUGGCGGAGGAAUGGGGGGCAUGGGUGGGAUGGGAGGCAUGGGAAUGUGAUGAUGUCAUUAUGAUGUAAUGUGCCACAUGACUACAUUCAAUGUACUAUUUGGGCUAUGGAUCAUUUCGCUGUUGUAUGUCUUUCUACAAUUGAAUAAAUAAAGUUGCUGAUGGUAUAAUGGCAUAAAAGUGAU